CUACCCUAUCAACUCUCUCCUCACUCGUCUCCCCUCCAAAUACUUCCAUAACCCUUUCACCCCAACUUGUAUUGCCCCUCCUGGCGGACCCAAACAGUAAGAUGGAUCUCCGAGUCGGUGGGAAGUAUAGGCUCGGAAAGAAGAUCGGAUCCGGCUCGUUCGGUGAUAUUUACCUCGGCGUGAACAUCAUCAGCGGCGAGGAAGUUGCUAUUAAACUCGAAUCCGUCAAGGCGAAGCAUCCCCAACUUGAAUAUGAGUCGAAGGUGUAUAAGACGCUCGCCGGAGGUGUCGGAGUUCCCUUCGUGAGAUGGUACGGCACUGAAUGCGAUUUCAAUGCCAUGGUAUUGGAUUUGCUCGGGCCGAGUUUGGAGGAUCUCUUCAACUUCUGCAACCGCAAGUUCAGCCUCAAAACCGUUCUCCUUCUCGCCGAUCAACUCAUUUCGCGCAUCGAAUACAUUCACUCGCGCAACUUCAUCCACCGUGACAUCAAACCCGACAACUUCCUCAUGGGUAUUGGGAAGCGCGGUAACCAAGUCAAUGUCAUUGACUUCGGUCUCGCUAAGAAGUACCGCGAUCCCAAAACUCACCUCCACAUUCCGUACAGAGAGAAUAAGAACCUCACCGGAACCGCUCGUUACACUAGCAUCAAUACCCAUUUGGGUGUGGAGCAAGCCCGCCGUGACGAUCUUGAAUCCCUCGCUUACGUGCUGAUGUACUUCCUCCGAGGUCAAUUGCCGUGGCAGGGGUUGAAGGCGGCGACGAAGAAGCAGAAGUACGAUCGUAUUAUGGAAAAGAAGAUGACCACUCCCACCGACCUGCUCUGUCGGGGCUUCCCUUCCGAGUUCGGAAUCUUCCUGAACUACUGCCGUGCUCUUCGCUUCGACGAUAAACCUGACUACAGUUACCUCCGCAAGCUCUUCCGUGACCUGUUCGUUCGCGAGGGCUUCCAGUACGACUACGUUUUCGACUGGAGCGUGCAGAGGGCUGCCGGCGAGGAGGCCCAGGUCAAUACGAUCGCGCCGAGCAACAUUCCCAAGCAACUUCCUGCGGGUCUACAACCGGCCCCUAGGAGGAAGGUUAUAGGUGAAGAAGAUCAACAGAUGUCCGGCGACCGCCAGUUGCGUUCGCAGACUCGGGGCCAGCAGGCUCCUCAGAGCCAACAGCGCAGGAGGGAUGAGUAUCCUUACUGAAGGAUCGAUACUCAUCUGUGUAUAAUACCUGCUGAAAGCCAGCGGCAGGGCCGCUGAGGCAGAGGCAGCGACAAGCGAGACAACUCGCGAGGAUCAACACGCCCUGAGCGGCGUCCGGCUGGCCGCGCACGUCAAGAAGUUCGGUUGAAGUUUACAGCAAGUUCACCACUGAUUAUGUCAUCGACAGUAACGAGAAGACCGUCAAGGCAUAUGCCUUCCAUCGGACAUUGCUCUACUGGAGUCAAUCCUCUCACCACAACUUACUUCACGUGCGGACGGCCGAGCCGUCUCAGUCCCCUACCAUUUCACUAAUUUUGAUCGGAUGCUCGCUGCCAAUAUCAGUCAUUCAAACUUCAAUUCCCUGACCUACCACCCCCCCUCCGAGCGAGCAACGAUCGCAUCGGCACCACGUUAAAUCAAGCCCUGGCCCUUUGCAAAUAUUCUCAUGCCGUGUACAAGAAACCACGCCCAAUUGGCGCCCAUUUCAGCCAUCAAAGAUCAAUCGUCUCGUGGACGAACCACUCACACCAGCCCCCAUCCACUUCACUAAUCCCCCAUCGUCCAAAUGACCGUUGCUUGUGUUUACGAAGUUCAAGGUCUUCUCAUUGUUCAAAUAUCCUGCGAUUACACUUUCCUUGCUCCGGUUUCCUCACUUCUCAAUUUCUGCGUUCAACGUCAAGUGGUCUGACCACUAAAGGACUGCCGCCGUCUUGUCAAAAUCAUUAACUUCUCGUCCAAUAUCAGGACCGUGUCCUCCGUUCUCCCCACCUCUUAUGCACACGAUAUAGAGGGCGAGGGAGAGGAGAGGGUGCCGCGUUAACUGGAGCGGCUCAAAUGGACUCCGCAAUGCGAUCGGGGCCAACGAGGAAGAGUGUUGACAAGAGGAUAUGAUGAUGAUAGCCAUGGAAUGAAAUGGCGAAAGCCUCGAUGCCUGAUAGUAGUUGCUCAAUGAUCAUGUCAUUACCUUGAGGAUAUGCG